AUAACCUGUAAAUGUCAAGACAGCCAUCUUGUCAAAACAAACACAAAUAAUUUAAUAUUUUGUUUGAAUUUAUAUAUAAUUUCAUUGCUAUCAUAACAAAUAUGUUUAUUAAUCGCAUUAUAAGUCGACUAUUGGUUAAUAGUGUGACACGCGCCCCACAAAAGUCACAAUGUUUGGCCCCAAACUGGUUUAACCAUCCUCAGUUACAGCAUCAUCCUUCUGGCUUUAGUAAUAAAGUAAAUUUCGUUAGAAAUGCCACAGAGACCGAUCCUGAAACCGGGGAAGUUAAGAAGAAAAAGACCCCAAUAAUUCCAAAAAUAACGCUAUUGCACGGAGACGAAUUAACCGUAACCACUUUAGAGGAAGCCCAAAAGUUAGCGAAGCGAAGAGAUUUAAAACUAAUGAAAGUUACGGAUAUCGACACUAAGACUCAACGUGCGGUCUAUCGAUUGUUGAGCGGCGCUGAAUAUUUGCAAGAAGACUUGAAGCAGAGGGAGAAAAAGAAGGUUCAAAAAUACAAGGGGCCCUAUAAAGGGGAGAAGAUGCUUAAUAUUAGUCAGAACAUAUCGGAGCAUGACUUACAGACCGAUGUCAAUAAAAUAGUUAAAUGGUUGGCUAAAAGGUAUGAAGUUAUUCUGGCUAUUAAUGGGAGUGCCGAGAAUAUGUCUAAAGCUGAAAACGUUUUUUCAUUCUUGGAAAAGCACCUUAGCCCUCACGGCCAAGUACUGCAAAAAAGAUGCAAGGGUUCAGAUAUCAGGUGUCAGGUAGUUCCUCCGAAGGUGCCUAAGAAUCCAGGUGAUAACGAGAACAAGAAGGGCCCGGAUAAACCUGUUCUAUGACAAGUCGUCAGUGCUGUAGGGGUUUUAUUAUUUUGUAAAUACUUUUUCUAUUAUUCCUAUUAUAAAAAUAGAGGAAAAAGGAAAUGAAACGCAACUUUCACAGUACAGUUUAAUGUUCUAUAAGUUUUAAGUAGACAUACGAAAAAUUAUUGUUGUUUAAAAAUAAAUUGUUUUUUUUUAA